UGGGUCCCCGUGGCACUGCUGACUCCCAGCUCCUUCCCUGAGCUCCAGAUCUGGGGGUGACCAAAGCUGUGCCAGAACCAAAGAUGUCACACGUGGAUCCCCAUUGGCCCUGCAGGAGCCUUCCAUGGCCCCACACAGGGCUGGCAGCACAGUGGGGAUGCCGCAACCCAUACCUUCAGGGAUGGAGAGUAGCAGCUCACUGCAGCCCUCAUUGCCACCCCCUCGGCCCCACAAAGCUCAGUGCAGCCCUGAGGAGCUCAGAGCAGCCCCAUGGUGCCGGGAACUCCCACUGCUGCCUGCUGCCCACACGUGCCAGUCCGACCUGGCACAGCACACUGGGGCUGGCUGGGGGCCGGGCGCUCCCGCUCCCUCCUAGCAGGCGAGGAGUUAAAAACUCAGCCCUUGUGAUGAAUAUUUAAAAGCAGUGUUCAAGCUGGAGCCGAGGAUUUCUCCAGGGCUGGCAGCGCUGCAUCCCUCUCCCCAGCCCUGCCGCCCGCCUGGGCGCACUGCGGAGGAGGACGGGGCGUUGCAGCGGGGCUGCCAGCAUGGGGCCACUGGGUCUGGGGGUAACUUUUGUCACUUUGCCUCUUGUCAUCCGAGCGGCUGCAGGAGGGCAGUGGUGCUACGACUCCCAAGACCCGAAGUGCGGCCCCAGCCACUGGAAAGAGCUGCAGGCCACCUGCAGCGGCGACAAGCAGUCUCCAGUUAACAUUGACCGGCGCUGGCUGCAGCGGGACGGCAGCCUUGGGGACAUCAUCUUUGAGGGCUAUGACCAGGCACCCCCCGGCAAGUGGCGGCUGCUGAACAAUGGGCACACGGUGAUGCUGAGCCUGGAGAGCGAGCCGGGUGCUGAGCACAUUGCCAUCAGUGGGGGGGGCCUCCCGGGCCGGUACCGUGCACUGCAGCUGCACUUCCACUGGGGCAGCCCAUCUAGGAAUGGCUCUGAGCACACUGUGGAUGGGCAUCAGUUCCCCAUGGAGCUGCACAUCGUCCACAUCAACGUCAAGUACCGCACCUUGGGGGAGGCCAAGGGGCACCCAAGCGGGCUGGCUGCGCUGGGCUGCUUCUUCCAGGUCUCAGAAGCCGCAAACUCCAACUACAACACUAUCAUUGGGGGACUGAGGAACAUCUCCCAUGCUGGGCAGGCAGUGGACCUGGCCUCCACCUUCCGCCUUGGCACUCUGCUGCCGCACGUCGCACAGCUCUCCCGCUACUACCGCUACCAGGGCUCCCUGACCACCCCUGACUGCAGCGAGGCCGUCAUCUGGACCGUGUUUGAGGAGCCUGUGGGCAUCAGCAGGGAGCAGCUGCAGGCGUUUGUCAGCACCGUUCACUUCCCGGCCUCUGGCGCUGCGCCCCUGAAGAUGACCAACAACUUCCGUCCUCCACAACCACUCCGCAGCCGCAAGAUCUUCUCCUCCCGGGAUGCCACGGCCAGCUGUGGGUGUCCCCGCUGUCCCCUCGCCCCGCUGCUCCUGCUGCCCCUGCUCGGCCCCUUCUUGUCUUCCCUUUAGGGCCCGGGUUCCCUGUUGCCUCUUCUUUGCAGCGGUGAGGAAACUUCUGGUUUAUGGGUGAUGGGGAAAAAAUGGUAAAAAGCAGCUGGGGGCCAUCAGCCGGGUGAGGAUGCGGCAGCUCUGGCGUGGGCUCGGUCAUGGGGCUGUCAGGGCUGCAAUAAAGGUGAGCUCCUGGCCCCGUGUGCGGCCCCUG